AUACUCCGUAAUUCCUCAAGAUCUUAUUAACUCUUAUAGAAUCAUCUAUUCCAAUCAUGUCAAAUAAAAGUUCUACGGCGAGGCGGCCAGCCCUUCAAGAUGCCAGUAAACGGGUGAACCAAACACCUAUUCCCGCUCCGACGAUUCCGUACCUUAUGAAGUGUGCAAGUCAACCUGUUGCUCCCGCUGUCACUACCGUAAUUCCCGCCACAGCCCCUAAAACCACAAAUAACAAGAAGCGCAAGUCAGACACAACACUGGAAGAUGAAAUCGCUGCAUACAAGCAACACAUGGACCUCGACUAUUCCACAAUAGAUUUAGAGAUUAACAUGACCUGCAACCAAGUUCGUGGCAAGAUCAACAAGCUGGUCGAUAAUGGCAUAAUGAAUAAGACCGAGUUUGCCAGGACUAUCGGAUGCACCGCCAGUAGUCUUAGCACAUUUUUGUCCAAACGUGGGUCCAUGGAGGGACAGAAUAGCAACGUGUAUGUAAAUGCCUGGGAGUGGUUCAAGCAACGGGAUGUUGCCGGCCUCAAGAUGCCAAACGCGAAAAAGGCACGGAAGGCGAAAGAAGCUACAGCCGCUAAGACCGACAUCGGUGGGCCAGGGACCCGCAAGGCGGCUGCGCCGCCUGUAUCCGCAGUCGAUAUCAGCGGCGUUCAGCUACCAGGAGAAGAAUCGGACGAAGUCGCUGUCUACGACACAUGCGACGAGGUCCGCAGGAAGGUGGAGGAGCAUCUGGAUACUCCGGGCAUAACCGCUGCGCAGUUCUGUCGCGACAUCUACGCGCAGCUCUCGCAACCCACCAUCAAGCCCUUCCAAUCGAAGCAGCUCAACGACUUCCGCAACAAGCAGGGCUCGAAUGCUGGGUGCAUGAGCAAGGUCUUCUACGCCGCCUACGUCUACUUCGAGAAGAAGCGGAUCGCCGCGGGCGAGCCUAAGAGCGAUCAUCGGGUCAACAUGGAGAGGAUUUGGGGUGAAAAGGGAGGCUUCGAUCUUGAGCAUGACGAUCGAUGCGGCGUUUGGGUUGGUCCUGGCGAAACAUUCUUUAUUGAUCAAUACGGACAACUACAUUUCAACAACAGUCGUGAUGUCUUUAUCUAG